CCAAUUCCGGAAGCCUCUGCCUGGGGUACCUGUGGUCCAAGCUCCCCACCCGAGGGGGAGCUGGCAAACAUGGAUCUCACGGACUUGAAACUCCCAAAGGGUGUAGUGGGCCUGGCCACAGGUGCGGGUGCCAUCUACCUGCUCUACAAGGCCAUCAGGGCUGGCAUGAACAGUCAUUCAUCUGACGCCUCAGCCUCGCCCGUCUGCAUUGCCCGCCUGGCUAUAGAACGAGAACGGCAUGGGAAAGACUCUGGAGAACUUCGAAGGCUCCUCAACUCACUGGAAAACAAACAGGAUGAGUACUCCAAGGGCAUGAUUCUUCACAGCAUCACCCGGUGUGUCUACUUGUUGGAAGCCGAAGCCUCUACCUGCACCUUUGAGGACAUUAGGUUGGUGGGCUCCCUGCUCGAUGACAAGGACAACAGCGUCAAAAUCCAAGCUCUCAAUGCUCUGAAGGCUUUCUCUGGUAUAAGGAAGUUCAGGCUUAAGAUCCAGGAGCAUUCUAUCAAAGUCUUAGAGCUCAUCUCCACCGUGUGGGAUUCUGAGCUGCACAUCGCAGGCUUGAGGCUGCUCAAUGGAUUGCCACUGCCUGACUUUGCUCACCCACAACUCCGUCGGGUGAUGCCGUCCCUUAUGGAAAUCUUGCAGACAGACAGCAUCCUGGCACAGGUCCAAGCUGUUCGACUCCUGAGUCAUCUGGCCCAGAAAAACGACCUAUUAUAUGACAUCCUUAAUUGCCAGGUACAUAACAAUUUCCUGAAUCUAUUCCAAUCCACACAACCUGGGAGUCUGCUGUUUGAGGUGCUAGUGUUUGCGGAGCGACUGAGUGAGGGUCGGAGUUCUCCCCACUACCGAGCAGUGAACUGGCAAUAUAAUGAACAAUCUUUGCAUGAAGCACUCUUUGGGGAUGAGUCCCGUCUGGCUGACCGGCUGCUGGCUCUGGUCAUUCAUCCGGAGGAGGAGGUACAGAUUCAGGCUUGCAAGGUCAUUGUCAGCCUGCAGUGCCCUCAGGACAUUGGCAACCGGCCCUCCUCCUGCCUUGAAACCUCUUCCUACUUUAAUGAAGGGGAUGCCAGUUAAGGAGAAACAAUAAAUGUCAUAUGGGAGAGAAAGAGAAAAAAAAAAGAAGUAGGGUGGGGGUAGGAAUACUUGAGAAGAGGCAUUUGUUCCAAAUCAGAGCUUGAAAGAAUCUCCCAGAAGUCACCUUGUUUUACCCCAGUCCCCAAGGAAGAACAACUUGUGUGUCAUCCCCCUAAGCAUUUUCCUCAUUAGCACGAAAUACAAAGAGCACUGGA